CAUUUCUUGGUAUUCCCAUUUUCAACAUGACCCAUGAAUGGAAAGGGGGAAAGUCUUGCAGGUAAAGAAGGUUUCUGCCUGUCCUCACUGAUCUUUGGCUUCUUUCUUCACCAGGGAAAUGAAAAUUCUAUGGAGCCAUCUCUUGGGUACAGUAAGGAAACCAGUAAUAUGGGAAGAAGAAAUAAUCUCAAGGUGAUGCUCUUGCUGACUUGAGUUCACUUACAGAAAAGAAAGGGAAAUAGUGCCAAGUAUCCGUAUUGCAAUUCAACAACCAUAUCACUGUUGACAUGGAGGAGAGAGCAUUUAAAUGCCUGGAGUGCGGAAAGAGUUUUACUCAGAAGGUUCAUCUCCAGCAACAUGAAAGUACUCACACUGGGGAGAAACCCUAUAAGGACUUGGAGUGUGGACAGAGCUACACUCAAAAUUCAAUGCUACGUUUGCAUCAAAGAAUUCAUACUGGGGAGAAACCCUAUGCAUGUCUGGAAUGUGGAAAGAGCUUCAAAUAUAAUUCAGUUCUACGUUUGCAUCAAAGGACUCACACUGGGGAGAAACCCUAUGCAUGCCUGGAAUGUGGAAAGACCUUCACUUAUAAAUCAGUUCUACGUGUGCAUCAAAGGACUCACACUGGGGAGAAACCCUAUAAAUGCCUGGUGUGUGGAAAGAGCUUCACUCAUAGUUCCCAUCUACAUAGACAUCAUAGAACUCACACUGGGGAGAAAUCUUAUGCAUGCCUGGAGUGUGGACAGAGCUUCAGUGAGAAUGGAAGUCUACGUGUGCAUGAAAGGACUCACACUGGGGAGAAACCCUAUACAUGCCUAGAGUGUGGACAGAGCUUCACUCGGAGUUCAGAUCUACGUUCACAUCAAAGGAUUCACACUGGGGAGAAACCCUAUAAAUGCCUGGAGUGUGGACUGAGCUUCACUCAAAGUUCAAGUCUACGUUCACAUGAACGGACUCACACUGGGGAGAAACCCUAUAAAUGCCUGGAGUGUGGACAGAGUUUCAGUCGGGGUCCAUAUCUACGUUCACAUCAAAGAACUCACACUGGGGAGAAAUCUUAUACAUGCCUGGAGUGUGGACAGAAGUUCAGUCAGAAUGGAAAUCUAUGUUCGCAUCAAAGAACUCACACUGGGGAUAAACCCUAUAAAUGCCUGGAGUGCGGACAGAGCUUCACUAAUAAUUCAAGUCUGUGUGUGCAUCAAUGGAUUCACACUGGGAAGAAACCCUAUAAAUGCUUGGAGUGUGGACAGAGCUUCACUAAGAAUUCAAAUCUACGUAGGCAUCAAAGGACUCACACUGGGGAGAAACCGUUUAAAUGCUUGGAAUGUGGACAGAGCUUCACUCAGAAUUUAUAUCUACAUAGGCAUCAAAGGACUCACACUGGAGAGAAACCGUUUAAAUGCUUGGAGUGUGGACAGAGCUUCACUGAGAAUGGAAGUCUACGUGUUCAUCAAAGGAUUCACACUGGGGAGAAACCCUACAAAUGCCUGGAGUGUGGACAGAGCUUCAUUAGGAGUACACAUCUACGUUCGCAUCAAAGGACUCACACUGGGGAGAAGCCGUUUAAAUGCUUGGAGUGUGGACAGAGCUUCACUGAGAAUGGAAGUCUACAUAGACAUCAAAGGAUUCACACUGGGGAGAAACCCUACAAAUGCCAGGAGUGUGGACAGAGCUUCAUUAGGAUUACACAGCUAAGUUCACAUCAAAGGACUCACACUGGGGAGAAACCGUUUAAAUGCUUGGAGUGUGGACAGAGUUUCACUGAGAAUGGAAGUCUACGUGUGCAUCAAAGGAUUCACACUGGGGAGAAACCUUAUACAUGCCUGGAGUGUGGACAGAGCUUCACUCAGAAUUCAGGUCUACGUCUGCACCAAAGGACUCACACUGGGGAGAAACAGUUUAAAUGCUUGGAGUGUGGACAGAGCUUCACUCAGAGUUCAAAUCUACGUUCACAUGAACGGACUCACACUGGGGAGAAACCCUAUAAGUGCUUGGAGUGUGGACAGAGCUUUUCGCAGCAUGGACAUCUACGUUCGCAUCAAAGGACUCACACUGGUGAGAAACCCUAUGCAUGCCAAGAGUGUGGAAAGACCUUCAGUGAGAAUGGAACUCUACGUUCACACCAAAGGACCCACACUGGGGAGAAACCCUUUAAAUGCUUGGAAUGUGGGCAGAGCUUCACUCAGAAUUCACAUCUACGGCAGCAUCAAAAGAUUCACAUUGGGGAGAAACCCCAUAAAUGCUUGGAGUGUGGACGGAGCUUCACUGCGAGUGGAAAUCUACAUUUGCAUCAAAGGACUCACACUGGGGAAAAACCCUAUAAGUGCCUUGAAUGUGGACAGAGCUUCACUUCUAAUUCAGGUAUACGUUCACAUCAAAGGACUCACACUGGGGAGAAACCCUAUAAAUGCUUGGAGUGUGGACACAGCUUCACUAACAGUGGAGACUGUGCAUGCGUCAACGAGAGUAGACUUGCCUAAUUUCUCUCCUAACUACAAGCACAAUUAAAGCCUCAAAAAGCCCAUAAAGUGUCUUAAAUGUCUCCCUAUCUGGGGUGUAGAUCAAAAGAGAAAAGAG